AGAAAAACAUUGGAAUAUAUUAUAUAAGUUUUUAAUUUAACCUUUUGCAUUAAAGGACAAAAUGGAAGACGAUGGAACCACCAACAAAUGCAAGAAACACUACGUGAAUUUCUACAAGCAAGAGAGCAUAGUGGAAGACAUACCCGAAACUCACGUUCUGAAAUCGAUCGAAAAGAAACUCGGCACGAACCACUACUGUUUGCUCACCUACAAGACAGAAAUCAUCGAUAAACGAUUGGGUUUCUUGGGAGAUUACUGCUAUUUGCAGGUGUCCUAUUUGAACGAGCACGGCGCCAAGGAGAACUCCUCGUUCUUCGUCAAGUACUUCCCUACCGCCGAGAUCUUAGCCCGCCUGGCGAGAGAACUGGGCUCCUUCGAAAAGGAAUCAUUCGUUUACAAGUUGUUCAAGCAGUUCGCGAAAGACGACAUCAACAUCAUCGACAACGUAGCGACGAAAUGUUACGUUUGCAAGUGCGAUUCUUAUGUAAUUUUAGAAAAUCUGGCGGAUUGUUCCUUCGAACCCGCCGACAAACGCGCCGAUUUGGAUUACGAUACGGUUUUGGUGGUGCUACAAGCCCUAGCGCAAUUGCACGCCAGCAGUAUCGUGUACGAGAUCAAAUCCGGCAAAAAGUUAAUCGAGUCGUAUCCGGGUGAAUUGGUGGAGUCGUUCUACAACGCGACCAACCGGAAGAACACAGAAGCCUCGAUCAAAGGCAUCUCCGAGAGCAUCGGCCUGUUCGACUUGGACGGUCCGUUGAAGAACGGCAAGCGAUUCUCCGACGUGGCCGGGUGUUUGUGCGGCGAAAUCGACGAUUUGGUGAAACCCAGCGGGAAGUACAGAAACGUUCUAACGCACGGCGAUUUGUGGGCGAACAACGUUAUGCUAAAGCGCGACGAAAAAUCCGGAAAAGCCGUCGGUUGUAAAUUAGUGGACUUCCAAUGCGCGCGUUACGCUCCGCCAGCUUACGAUGUACUCUCGUUUAUCUAUUUAACCACCAGUAGGGAAUUCAGGCGACAGCACUUGUACGAACUAACUGGCAUUUAUUACAGUUACUUGGAGAGGAAUCUGAAGCGCUUCGGCUGCAACAUCGACGAUAUACUAUCGUUCGAUGAUUUCAUGGAAAGUUGCGAGGUGGCGAAGAAAUUCGCCAUCGUCUUGGCGGCGUUUUACUUUCCCCUGGUGCUCAUUGAUAACGAGAAAAUCGAGGAGUACUUCGCCGACGAGGAAUUGAACGCGAAGGCUAUUUUCGAUAAUAGGAUCCAUCUGGUUUUAAAGCAUAAGGACGAAGACGAGUUUUACCGAAAUAGAAUCGUGCAGUCCUUGCAGGAUUUGAAGGAAUUGUGCCAAAACUACGAGAAUUGAGUCGUAAUCAGAAAAUUAAUUAUAAUAAUUAGAAUCAAAAGAGCGCGUAAUAGAAUUGUGGAAAACGAAAAGAGAUGACGAUGAUAAUGACAAUGAAAAUGUGUAGAGGAAGUUUGUACGAUUAACGCAUUACAGACAGUUUCUUAUAAUACAAUUAUAUACUAAAUACAAUUGAAUAUAUUAGAAAAUAUAAUGUACUGUUUGCUCUAAAAUAAAUAGAUACC